AUCAAUCAAUACAAUUUAUAUAUAGUACAUGUGUACACACAUGCAACAGUAAACAAAAAUGGCCUUCAAGUAGGAUUUUGGAUUAUUCUAACAUUAUAAAAGGAUAAAUAUGGAUUAACUAGGAUGCAGUUAUAACAUCUGAAUAAGAAUGGCAAGCAAAUCAGAUAAAAGAAAACUGCAUGCGGAAAGCUAUAUUGUAUUAACCAAGCCGUAUUUAGAGAAGUUAGCAAGCAAGAUUCGAAGUCACUACCAUCUCAUUUUAUUCAAACUUGGAGUGGAAGAACACAUGUUUGGACAUUAUGAUAAAUAUGCUUAUCGAAAUGCUUUUAAUGGUUUGCUAGAUUGGCAGAGACAGUUUGAGGAUAAAGGUGAACAUUACAUGAUACAGCGCCUGAAAGAAGCACUAGUUAAUGCUGACAGAAAGGAUUUAUGUAAAGACUUAGAAGAAGAACAGCAAAAACAACAACAAUAUCAAGAAGAAGAAGAAGCAGAACGACGACGACAACGACAAGAAGAAGAAGAAGACCAGCGACGACAGCAAGAAGAAGACGAAGAAGAAGAACGACGUCGACAACAAGAAGAAGACGAAGAAGACGAACUACGACGGCAAGAAGAAGAAGAAGAAGAAGAAGAACGACGACGACAACAAGAAGACGACGACGAAGAAGAACGACGACAACAAGAAGAAGACGAAGAAGAAGAACGACGACAACUAGAAGAAGAAGAAGAAGAAGAUCGAAGACGACGACAACAAGAAGACGACGACGAAGAAGAAGAUCGAAGACGACAACAAGAAGAAGACGAAGAAGAACAAAGACGACAACAAGAAAAAGACGAAGAAGAACAACGACGACAAGAAGAAGAAGAACAAGAAGAAGAAGACCAACGACGACAACAACAACAAGACGACGAAGAAGAAGCAGAACGACAACGACAAGAAGAAGAAGAAGAAGACCAACGACGACAAGAAGAAGAACAAGAAGAAGAACGACAACGACAACAAGAAGAAGAACGACAACGACAAGAAGAAGAAGACUACUACUUGUACUAUGAUGAUGAUGAGUAAGAUUUUAACUGUCACUGAUAACAGUCAUGAUAUUUAAGACAAACGUAUGAGAAGUGUCUGUUAGCUUUGUAAAAUGUCAGUCCUUUAUAUAAUAUUAUACACUAACAAACUUUAUUUCAACUGAAACAUCUCACGAGUAUAACAAUAAAUAUAUAAAAAUGUGCAUCAUAGAAAAGCCAUAUGUAUUACCAUCACACGAUGUAUUUCCUUUGUAGUCCUUUAAAAAAUGUCCACUGAAACCACUAGGUCAAUCAGAACUAAAUUUGGCCUGUAACUUUUUUUUUUUUUUUUUUUUAGGGGGGGGGGGGUACUUUUAUACUUGACCCCUAUUGCUAAUAGUACAACAUAAGAGCAAUAUUAAGAAAUACCUCAAUCAAAUAUUACUAGUAAAAAAUAAAUCUUAUCAGAAAUAAAAAGCUAUAAACUAUUGCGCAAAAUUUAUUAUUUGUAAUUAAUAAUUAUACUAUUAUGAUGUUAUCACCCAACAGAUACUCAAUCUUGCUAUCUAGCGUUUAUUUGAAUAGAAAUGUGGACAAAAAUGUAAAGAAAAGGAUGUAAAAAAAUAUGAAGUAUCAAUAUACUUUGAUUAAAUAAUGCAUUCGUAGUCCUCUUUAAGAACGUCAUUUAAUGAACUAAUCAACAUUCAAACCUAACAUUCUAACUUAACCGCCAUCAUUUCUAACAAUGGGAAAUAUGACAACAAAUUCAUUAUUUUUCUUAAACAUUGUUUCCUUGUAAAUCAACUAUGCCAAUUGGCUCAAAACAUGCUCUGUAUCUUCCCAAGGGGUCUAUUGAAUUAGUUUAUUUGUUGCAAUAUAACAUUCAUCAUAACCUAAUCUAAACAUUUCUUUUGUUUGUUUUAUCACAGUUAGCGUAGCUGUACAUGUAGUAAAAAGUAAUGAUCGAUAUUUAUAAUAUAUAUUCGAAAUGAUUCAUUCCAAAAAUAAAGUAAAAAGCAGUGUUCUUCUCAAAGUUAUAAAUAAAUCAGCAUUGGUUACUUAUCGCAGGAAAGAGAUGCUUAAAUACCGUCUAGAUUCGAUUUUAACCGAUGAUGUAACAUUCAUUAAGGAUGUUGCAUUCGAUCCUAAUGCUCUAACAAUUAAUGACAUUUAUUGGAUGGUAAUGAAUACAAAAUUUAUAUAUAUAAAGUCAUGCAAGCUUAUACUAUUGCUAAAAAAUACACAGAGAAAUCCAUUUUAAAGAUCUGGUAACAGAAGGUGGAUAGCCAUGUUAAAUUUCCAUAUAAAACAGGUGAUUUAGUACAAUAACGUUCGAAGAAGUUUGGAGAUGAAAUCCAUCUUACUUUGGUUUGCCUUGGAAGUAAUAUUGAAAGGAAGAACAACAACGCCAGUUCAAAGGUUUCAUCUGCGUUACCGCCUAUCUUUCGAUUACUCGUUAAUCAUUUUACGAUAUGGAAUGGUAGUUGAUUCUCCGCAUGUGAUCGAUCAAAUCACUGACACUUUUCGGUCGUUUUCGUGUUCACGGAAAAUUACGAACAGACAAGUUGUUGUCGUAUAUACGUGCGAGGUAACCCGAAUAGUCCACUCGUUACAUUCCGCUGAUGUACGCUGUCGAAUAGAGUAAUUCGUUCAAUGUUGAUUUUAGUCUAAUUUUCCUAUUUCUGUUUAUUUCGAUCUUAAAAACUUGAGAACAUGGGUGGAUCGUUUUCAAUUUUAAUAUUUACAGACAGUUAAGACGCCAUUUCUUAAAAAUUUAAGAAUAUGAUUGUACAACAAAUAUGUUUGGACCCCCUUUUAUUAAAUAUGAAUAAUCCAAGUCACGCGUGUAUACCAGUCAAUUAAAAUAUUCACAAACGUUUCGAUUCUUUAAACUAAUUCGUAUAAAUGAAUAUGCGGUUAGGCAGAUAGGGUCAAGCUCAUUUUGUCUGUUUGUUUUUAUUUUUGCUGUAGCGUGUUAUAUUAACUGGAUUAAAACAUUUUUUAAAAUAGAUAUUUACGAACUUAUCCCGAUUUUAGUUGUCCAGUUUCAAUAAUGUAAUCAAUGACAUUUAUUACAUAUACAUAAAUUUAAAAUACUUGAAAGUAAAUAUCCUUUUUUAAAUCUCGAUAAACUUUGCACAUUUCAACAGUAAAAAAAUCUAUGUCUUCAUUUGUCUUCAUUUUUUUGUUAAACAUCAUGUGAAACCUGAUCGCUUCGUCGGUAUUACCUGUUUUACUCGGGAUCCGCUUUCAAUCGGAAAAUACUUUUAGAUCAGUUUAAAACGAACGGUAAAAAGCAAAAAUAUGCAAAAAUAAAUACAAUUUUCCAUGUUUAACUGCUGUAGUGUAAACAAUUCUCGUCCGUUUUUCAAGUUUUUUUUACAUCAUUCAAUUUCUUUUUGAAGGUAGAAGUUAUAUAUGCUGAAAUAUUAGGCAUUUUAGUAAGGAGUAGUGAUGAGAUAAAGGGUAUUACGAUAGAUGAUUCAGAGUAUAUCUUGUCUCAAUAUGCACACGACACAUCACUUAUUUUAGAUGGGUCGCCUUCCUCAGUGGAUGCAUCUCUCCGUAUAUUAACAAAUCUAUGCUGAGAUAUCAGGACUGAAAAUUAAUUUAGACAAAACAAACGUUACAUGGAUAGGUAGUAAAAGACAUAGUCAAGACAAAAUAUGUGUGAAGUGGGGACUGAAAUGGGGUUUCAGUACAUUCAAAUUAUUAGGUAUCACUUUCUGUGUUGAUUUAGAUAGAAUGUUAAAUCUAAACUAUGCUCCUUGAAUACAAAAAAUAGAACAAAUAUUACAAAAAUGUUCAAAACAGUCACUUACCCCGUUUGGUAAAAUAACAAUUAUAAAGUCACUAAUUAUAUCAAAAUUAAAUCAUCUGUUCCUGUCAAUCCCAGGUCCAGAUGAUAAUAUGAUACGUCAACUUAAUAGUAAAAUUUAUUCAUUCAUUUGGGAUGAUAAGCCUGACAAGAUAAAGCGGGAUCUUCUAUGCCAAGAAUACUUCAGAGGGGGCCUAAAAAUUAUUAAUUUGAGACAUUUUAUACAAGGGUUAAAACUUACUUGGGUAAGAAGAUUAUUUCAGUCAAAAUCCAAAUGGAUCCAAUUAUUUACCUCCACCCAAAAUAUAAAUUUUACAGAGUUGGCUUAUUUUGGAAUUAUUAAAAAAUCAAAAACAAAUUCUGGGAUGAAGUUUUUCAUGCCUGGAAAAGUCCGAAAAGGGCUCAAAGGAUAUGUAUACUAUUUUAAAUCAAGGAACAUUACCUAUAGAUUUCGUAGCAGAAAAAAAAUGCUAAUUAGUCGUUGUUAUUCCUUUUAAAUAUUACUUCCAUGCCAUUGGGUUUGCACAACAAAAAUUAUAAAGCAGGAACAUAAAAGAAUAAUAGAACUUCUUACGAUAAUAAUAAUAAUUUGGAAUUAUUCACAAACAUGACUCUGUCAACCGAAGACAUUAAUCAAUUCACAUACAGCCAGGAAACAGCUACUGGUCAAGGAGUUUAACUUGUGACUUUUAGGAAAGAACAAGUCUGAGUAAGUCUUCAAAACGUGCAGCAUCGUUCAAUCUCAUGGCAUGCUCACCCAAACAGCUGACAAAUUGUACUGCUAAAAAUGCGCAAAGUUUGUUAGUGGCCAAAACGAUGGUUAAACUAAAUGCUGAAAUAGUAUACGUUUCUAAACAAAGGGUAUGGGUGACAAUAUCUAAUCAAUGCUCGGAAUCAUCUUAGAAAGAUUAUAUGAUGCUUUUAUUGAUUGUAGUCAGAACAGAAGACAAUGAAACUUUCUAUUAUAUAUUCGAAGACUGUUCAGAAAGGAAAAUUUACUUAUAUCAUAGCAAAGGGCAUUACAAAAAUAGAAUGAUCAUUUCUACAUGUUCUAUAAACUACUUGAGAAAAUAUAUUGCAAACAUAUUUUUCUCAUAAAAACGAUUUUUAGAUUAGUUGUAUGAAAACGUUAUUCUUUUCUGAUUUUUAACAGAAUAAAAAUACUGAAAAUACUGUGAUUAACGAAACCCAUUCUCUUACUCUAUUUCCAGUUCAUGAUAUUUAAUAUCGCACUUAAACCGACGUUGUAACUUCCUCAGGCAGAAGUCCCCUUCAGAUUUUGCUCUUUUUGUUUACUGUUUUCAUUCGUUUAACAUCACUUUCUUAAUUUGAACGCUCGUACCCGAUGAUGGUUUUUCAAAAAACGCGUCUUGCCCUCGUAAAUUGAUAUUAUAAGUUUAGAGUUAAUUUCAUGUUUUAGUAUCUUAUUAAUUUAUUUCAAAUUAUUUGUUUUAUUGACUUUUAAAUAUCUUAUAAUUUAUUAUCAACGUUUAUAUAGUUUCCCUUCUUAUUUUACCAAUUAUAUUACUUCAUUAAGA